AUUUAUGUGCUAAAUUUUGCUUCAACAGUUGUCCCAACCCAUUAAAUAAUUUUCGAGAUCAAUAGUGUAGAAUUUGAGCCGUCGAACCGUCACCUCUCGUGACAAUUGUUUUUUGAAUAACUCGAAACCAUCUGAGUCGACAACAUCGAUGUUUACUUGUUCAGUAUGAAGAAAAUCUCGCUUAUUUCGAUUAUGUUGUUCCUCGUUUUUUGAAAAGGAUGACUUAUCUCUAAUGAUGAUAGACUAUAAAUGUGAUUCUUUGGUCUCCUCAAUUACUCGUCGAAUCUUUUUGCGAAAAUUAUCUAUACUACUGUAUUUAAGAGCAUCUCUUACAUCAAUUUUUCUUCUUAUCAUCGUGUCUUUUAAAGAUAUUUUGGUUUCGUUUAAUCUGAAUUUUAGACAUCACUAUCUUUAAAUUUAUGUCGUCGCAAUGAGUAGACCUGUUCGGUAAUCAUCCUCGGUCACGUGUGACCGAAGGCAACUUGGUGUUAUUCAAGCAGAGGCAUAGAGUCUUAUCGGCAAUUAAGCUGAUCAUGCUGAGAUAUGAGUGAUGCGGUCCAAAUAUUUUAUUGUUUAUUUUAUUAAUUAUACUAAAUUUAAAUAAUUAUCUUUAUUAUUUAUGAUUUUAUGAUUUUAUCGUAUAAGUCAUUUAGGCUUAAGUUUGUAUUCAGUUGAGGGGUUUAUGAAUAAAAUUGAGAGUUCUCUAUUUGUUCCUUGUUUUCGGUAGAUCAUUGGUGAUCUCAACGAAUUUAAGCAGACUUUGAUCUUAGGUAUUCUUAGAGCAUGACUGGUUUCCCUGCUAUCACCCGCAAACGCAACUUUUGCGGUUGGUAGUAGUUGUUAGCGUUUAACAACAAUCACAAAAAACACUAUAAACCACUACAAAUCGCUCUAAACCUCUAAAAUUAAAAAGCUGGAACCAGCUAGCGUUUGCGGUUCCAGGAAGGUAAAAUAUUUUUUUUUAAAACUAUAUAAAUAUAAAUGUUUUAAUUUAUAUUAUAAAAGUUUAAUACUAAAAAAAAAUUAAAAACAAUAACUAGCGGCGAUGAAACGGGAGAUCUAGGGUACGAUGAUUUCGCGAAGAUGGGAGCCUGGGAUUGGAGCAGGAGAUUGGAUCGUUACGUUCGGGCAUGAUCAAGAUUGUGAUAUGGCGUAUCAGGGCUGUAUCUCGGGUCGAUGGAGAUUCGAUUUAGGUUUUAGAAAGGGGAUAGGCGGAAUUUUAAGGAAAAUAAAGAUUUGGAUCGAAGGGCGAUGGAUUUCGGUUACCACUACGACAGAUUACUCAAUCAAUACAGAGUAAUUUGUUGAGUCAUGGUGAGGAGCAGAGGAACGGUGACGACAAGCGUAAGAGGUUGAAGAUUUCCGUGGCGCAUUUCGACAACUCUGCGCUUAUCAGGACCUAUUCCAAAACUCUGAUUGGAAGGUGCAUGAAUCACGUGGAACAAGAGAUGAAGGCUUUGUUUACAAAUCUUCCAAAGAUUUGGAAAUUGGAAGAAAGGGUUACGGGUAGUGACUUGGGCUUUGGCAAGUUUCAGUUUGACUUCAUGACGGAGGAGGAACUUGAAGCUGUGUUGAGGCAACAACCAUAUCAUUUCGACUACUGGAUGCUGGCAUUGGCGAGGUGGCAACCAAAGCAACUCAAGGAUUUCCCUUCUGAGAUCCCGUUUUGGAUCAGAGUUUUUGGUCUUCCCCUUGAAUUUAGGACCGCUCCUACAUUGGAGAGUAUUGGUGGUGCUUUGGGGAGAGUGGUAGAUGUAGAUGUGGUCCAAAACCGAGUUCAAGUUGUGAUUGACGCUUUCAAAGAACUAUGCUUUGAAACGACGAUAGACUUCAAAGGAGGAGAAUUCUACGAGGAGGAGGAGGUGGUGGUAUCUCUGCGCUACGAGAAGCUCUUCGGUUAUUGCAAGGGCUGUGGGAGUCUUUGUCACAAGGAGGAGAUAUGCCCUCUUGAUGAGAAGAACACAAAGGCGGAACCAGAAAGAAGGAGGGAGAAUAGAGAAGGAAAUGGGGGAUGGACUGAUGGCGCAAAACAUGAAGAGCGAGCUCGUAGCUAUAAGGGCGUGGUCAUUAACGGCAAUACGGGCCAACAGAACAGAGAAAGAGACAGUAAGGAGUAUUAUGGAAAGGGUAAGGGUAAGAUGGGGGAGGCACCUGAUUCUAAGUGGGUGAAGGUGCCAGAGCGGGGCAACAGGAGACCUUAUAACCAUUACGGAAACUACAGAGGUAAUGGGGAGGGUUCACGGGUUAAAACUACAUACCGAGAAGCUGUUCCAGUUGUGGGCUCUGGUACUCAAGGGGUGUCGUCUAGGACAUAUCCACUGCAACGAAGAGAGGAUCAGGGGCAGCAGCAGGAUGUACCUCAGGUAGCACGUGAAGAAGGCGAGAUCACGCUGAAUGGAGAUGCUGCUGCAGCACUACCGUCUGCAGAAUUUCAAAUGGAACUUGCUAAGAUACAGGCGGAAGGAUCGGAGGUGGUCGUGGAGGCUAUGGAGGAGGAGAGGAGUUUACUUGCAGUGCAAGGAAUGAUGGAGAAACAUGAUGAGACUUUUGACGAUAUUGAGAUGGAAAUUGAUGCUAUUAAUGCGACGAUGAUGGCGAGUGGUGUCGACUUGGAGGCAGAGGAAGAGUUUCAAACUCUUUCAGAAGAGGAGUUUGAGCAAGCUUCUGAGGCUCAGGUAGAGAAUGUUAUUCUUCAGAAUGCGGAAGAACCGGUGGCUGGUGAUGCGAACAUCAAUACAGAGUUGGGGGCAAGGGAAAUGGCGAUGAGACAGAGUCAUCGUAAGAGGUUAUUUAAGCCCAACAGCAGCACUGCGGGUAGUACUAAAAUGAGAAUGGCGUCUGCGCUUCUUUCACCAAGGAAGAAAAUUGCAGCUAAGGUCGGGACUCGUCAUGGAGACAAUACCAAACCACCGGAGAGCAAGGGACCUUCAAUCCCGAAGCCGGUUAACUUAAAGUUCUAAGGUUAUGGAUCAAACCUCAUUUACAAUGAGAGUACGAAUAAAGGAUUGGUUUAUGGGGGUGGCGCUUUCAUUAUAUCAUUAAAGUUACUUUUCUUUGAAGUUUUAUUUGGUUUCAUGGGUUUGGGGGUAGUAAUCAUUGUUCUGUUUCUCUUGCUUCUUAUUAAGUAUUGGAAUAAGAUUGGUUUAUUGUGUU